AUGCUAAAGGAGGUAUACAGCACCUCGCGCAACAUCCGGCGCGAUGCCCUCGAACGACUGGCCAAACUAUCGGCCGAGAGCAGCAGCGGACACGAUGAUGGGCGAGACAUCGAACGACUAUGCGCUUUGGGAGGAUCGAAGCUGGAAGUACUCGUGGCCUUGUGCAAGGCCGCUCCUUUAGUACAAACCACUCGAGAUGCUGAAGCGCUGUUGCAACAACUCGCUCCGUAUGUGGCAGAGGCGCAUAGGCAAGCCUUCCGAGCGACGCCCCUACACCAGCAUCUGCCGCCUUGGGAGACUAUCUCCUACGAUCUGACCACUGCUAUCCUUUCACUGGGUCUCAAUCACCCUUCUUUGCGUGCGCGCGCCUGCUCGACCAUCAGCGAGGCUGUGGACGAGGUGACAUUGAGCGCAGAGAACACUGCGUGGCUCAAGCCAUUGCCAGAGGGUCAGACCGAAUAUGAAAUCAACGAUGACACGCUGCGAGUGGUCCAGAUCAGUGUAUCUCUCUUGGGCUUCUUCAAUGGUAUCGCCGGUUAUAUGCAAGUGUGGAGCCCAGAUCAACGCAUGAGUCUUCUGCCACAGUUUAAGAGAAUCCUGUCUGAGAAAUUCAUGGUGUCUCUGGAGGGUGCCCUGUCGGCUAUCCGUAACUCGUAUACCAAACACCGAAUGGUGAAUCAGUGGAAGCGAUGGGACACUCAGUACGCGGCACAAGGGCGUCCUUUGGGUGCCAUGCUUCUCCAACAAGCUUUCAUGCAUAUCGUGGAAGAGACCACGUUGGCACUUCUCCCGAUCCACGAGCCCCUCGCUUCAGCUGACCUGUUGGACACUCUUCUGCAGCAAGAUCCUCACAAGUACCAAAAUAAAGUCCACUCUGCCAACGGUAUUGUGGAUAACCUUACUGAGCUGGUCACCAGUGAGAUCAAGUUUCUAGACGAUGAAGCAGACUAUCUCAAAUUGGGCUCUGUCUGGCAACAGAAGCAGGCACGAGACGUGAAAGCGAGUGCACUGCGUAGCUUUCUCUGUUGCUGUAUCUUGAGCGGCGGCACCCCUAACGACGAUCUUCUGCUGGACUGGCUGAGCGCCAUCACGGCCGACCCCGACCAGAUGGUGGACGAAGAUCUUGCGAAGACCGUGCUCAAAUCGAUGGCUGUGCUUGCUCGCAUCUCGGAGACGGUAGUCACAAGCUUGACACGAUACUUGCCCAGGCUGAUUGUGAACGGCAAGAUGACCGCCACCACUGCCGCUGUCGCCUGCGAAUGCCUUGCUCGCGUGCUGAAGCCACUCUCUCAGGACGUCGUCAUCAGUACACUCUACAGCUUGGGCAACAUUCUCAGUACGGACGUCGAUGGACAGGCCAAUCAUACGACAAUUUUCGACAGUAGCUUCAGCAUUGCCCAUAAUGACAAUGGCAACGGCUUCACAUCACAUCAGGGCUUUGGCAGCUCCAUUUCUUUAGUCCUGAGCGACGAGGAAGAAACGGCGGCCGCGUAUGGCACACUCGUGGCAGCCAUUGUUGCCAUUGCGGUUGCGCGCAGUGAAGCACAGCUCACUGCUUUAGUGUCUUCGAUGCUUCUGCAGAAAAUUGGAAAGAUCAGUCCCGCUGUGGACGCGCGGAUCAUCGUCGAAACCGCCGCACUUGGUCUUUCUGGGGGCGUCUCCGAGUUGAAGGGCUUACUCCGAAUUUAUGCACGAAUCAAUAGCGAAGCGCUCUCUCAAAAUAACACCCUGCUGAGCUCGGCCGUAUUCGAGGCUCGCACUCGACUUGCCGUGCAUGUAAAGCAAGAUUCGCCAUUCUACGAGAUCUAUUUGUUGCAUCUACUGGCGCAAUGCGUCGGCAGUGGGGAGGCUCCUGGAGACAAAGCUGCAGACACCGCAUUGGCGCAGAGGACCAUUGCUGGUCUGCUGCGUCCGCUGGCACUCCUCGCCUCGCAACAUGCUGGAAGGACACCUGUUUUUGAGAACGGAGAUGAAGUGCUUGCUCUGGGACGCGACGCCUGGUUCAACCUCGUAGUACAGGGCUAUACAUUGAAAUCGCAGCUGAUUCAAGAUCACAUCGAAGACUUGCAGACAGUGGCACUCUACAGCUUGCCGUUGGUUGACGAAGCUAGGGUUGACAUGCCUGAGAGUGGCAUCGAUCUUGACCCGGUACUGCGCAGAGGCAAGAGUGAUCAUGCGCUCGAUGCUCAGCGACACUCGUUGAAAGCAGCGUUGCCGCACUGCGAGUCCGACAUCAGAAGUCUGAGCUACCAAGAGUGCGUGUUCCUCAACGCUGCGCUGCUCGUGUCGACGCUGCGCGCACGAGGUGGACACUGCACUGCAACUCUGCCAUAUUUCCUCGAAAGCAAGGUCAAGACCGGUCCUCUGAACAAUUGCAUGCUGGCAGUCUCCAACCACAGCGUCGAGGUAUACCUGCAGCGCGCUCUCUCCGCCAAGCGGCAAGACUUCGCUGCACCACAGGUAGCAGUGCAGCUUGCGGCAUUCUUCGAGGGCUGCUGUCAUCGCAUCGCAAAGGUGCAAAUCGCUGCAGUGGCCGCUUGUGAUCGACUUAUCGCCCAAGUCCCAUCUGCGCUCUGUCAGAAGUCAUCUCUGUUUGCCUUGCUAGAGUUGUUAUCUCUGAUGUGGAAAGCAUGUCUUGACACAGAGACUGACGAAUACUCCUUCAAGACGCGCUACGAGUCACAGAAAGCGAAGGUGUCUAUUCAACUUUCGGACGAUGCGCAGUUCCGCCAAGUCACCUUGACCAACUUUUAUAAUAAAUGCAGAGUCUGGGUCUCGCGUGCCGUCCGCGUGGCCCCAUUGGACGUGAAGGGUGUCUUGCAGGCUUACCUUGAGGACUACGAUGACGACGGCGCAUACGGGCACAUUGCGCUCGGCCGCUCGUUCGCUGUCGAGAUGGGUGAGCUGAUCCCAGCGAGCGACCAGAGAUUGACCAGCCUGGACAGUCAGCGCACGAUCGGCAUCAAUACUGCUUCCGACUUCAUCGCUCAAUACACCACUCGGCAGUGGUAUCGAAAAUUCGAUGGCACGCUGGCAGGUGAGGCCGACGACGAAUGGGCGCUUGUCGACUACAGCGGUAAAGCACGUGUUGCUCUGUUUGAUGCGAAUAGUCCAGUUCACGAUGUGGCCGAGGAGUUGAGGGACCUCUCUCGUCGUCUACGAGCGCAUGAGCAUGUUCCCUUUGCAGAAGUGACCGCAAGCCUGCGCAAAGCUGCUGGCUUCAUUAGCAGAAGCGCUUCAGACCGUGUCAUUCUCAUCCAAGGUCUCGUCGCGAUCCCAUUCACUAUUUUCACGAAGCAAUCCAUUCGACUUGGAAUCUCCUUGUGGCUGGGCGUCAUCAAAGAGAACCCCAGUCUCGAAUCGAGAGUGCUCAUGGAGGUGGCUGCGGGCUGGGAGGCCUCUGUCAGGCUGAAGCGAGGCUUCUUCUCGACGUCUUUGCACCACCAUCAUCUCGAUCCGUUUUACAUCAAGGAAGAGUUUGCGCCGUCCGACUGGGAAAAGACGAAGAGGCGUGAGAAGCUCAUUCAGGACUUGGUCGCGCCGCAUCUCGCACUCACUCAUAGCCUGUCCAGCCACUUCAGCGCCACAAGACUGACAUCGACCUCGCUCGAGAGGGUAUAUGCACGGCUGAUGCGUAACACGCUUCUUCAGAUGCAAAAGAGCGUCAACCAACCCCUCGCGCGAGAAGUACACUUCCACAUCAUCUUGCUGGCGCUGAACAUUCUUCAAUUCUGCACCGGCCUGCACACUUCAGCUCAGUGGCGGCUCAAGGAUGCCAUUCUCUCUGCGGGCUUGUCCUGGUUCGCAGUGGCGCCCAGAUGGUCCUUUGGCAGUAACAGACUGCAAGUCAAGGCGGAGCGAAAGAUCCUCAACGAUGUGACUCACGCGCUCAAUGGGCUUACGGAUAUCGGCGCCAGGGCCACCCGAUCGUUGCCAUCUCUGCAGCAAAAGGAGGCCCUUCUGUUACAGCUUAUCAAGCACGAGAUUGGCAAGCUCACGGUCUGGAUCACUCCACUUGGCCAGGAUACCACAAACCCAGCAGCUCCUGGACAUUCCGAACUGCAGAGUCAAGAAGGGAUUCUGUCUGGUCUGCUGCAAACCGCCUGGGAAGAGGACCCGCGUAUUGCAGUUCAGCUCGCGACUCGAUUUCCACAUUCUUCGCGGCUGCGCCACGAUGUUCGACAAUAUCUUCUCCGUCAUCCCGAAAAGGCCAUUCACGAGCCGGAUGCGCUAUACCUCCUGCUUGGAUCCGAAUUGCCUGCAGACAUUAAGACUCAGCUGCGAUAUCUGCUCUAUUGGGCCCCGAUCAAUCCCAUGGCCGCCGUGACAUACUUUAUGCCUGCGUACAAGAACCAUCCACUCAUCAUUCAGUAUGCUGUUCGUGCUCUGGAGAGCCACUCGGUCGACAUCACCUUCUUCUAUGUGCCGCAAAUCGUGCAGACUUUGCGAUACGAUGAGCUGGGUUACGUCCAGCGCUACAUCGUCGAGGCGGGUGUGUUCUCUGGUCUUUUUGCGCACCAGAUCAUCUGGAAUCUCAAGGCCAAUGCGUACAAGGAUGAAAACUCGGAAGUGCCAGAUCCUGCAAAGCCCGUCUUUGACCGCGUCAUGGAAUCUCUGAUCGAAAGCUUCACACCAGACGAUAAGGACUUUUACGAGCGCGAAUUCAAUUUCUUUGGCAAAGUUACCGGUAUUUCAGGCACACUCAAGCCACUCAUCAAGCGUCCCAAGCCAGAAAAGAAGGCGAAAAUUGAGGAAGAACUCCGCAAAAUUGAUCUCGAUGUGGGUGUCUAUCUCCCUUCGAACCCUGAUGGAGUGGUCAUUGGUAUCGAUCGCAAGUCUGGCAAACCCCUACAAUCCCACGCCAAGGCUCCUUUCAUGGCCACGUUCCGCAUCAGAAAGGAUUUGGGUAAUAUGGAAGCAGACUCUGCCGACGAGUCGGAAGCGCUCACUCAGAACAGGUCCCACACCUACGAAGUGUGGCAGUCCGCCAUCUUCAAAGUCGGAGAUGAUUGUCGUCAAGACGUCCUCGCCCUCCAACUGAUCGCAGCGUUUCGCGGAAUCUUCAAUAACGUGGGUCUCGAUGUCUACGUCUUCCCAUACCGCGUGACCGCCACCGCUCCCGGAUGUGGUGUCAUCGACGUCCUCCCCCACUCCAUUUCCCGAGACAUGUUGGGUAGAGAAGCGGUCAAUGGACUGUACGAAUACUUCAUCUCCAAGUACGGAAGUGAAGACUCGAUCAAAUUCCAACAAGCGCGAAGCAAUUUCAUCAAAUCCAUGGCCGCCUACUCCAUCAUCAGCUACCUCUUGCAAUUCAAAGACCGCCACAACGGCAACAUCAUGGUCGACGACGCCGGCCACAUUUUGCACAUCGAUUUCGGAUUUUGCUUCGACAUUGCCCCCGGCGGCGUCAAAUUCGAACGAGCUCCUUUCAAACUCACGCCGGAGAUGGUGGCGGUCAUGGGCGGCAAGGACAGCCAAGCAUAUCGACAAUUCGAAGAAUUAUGCGUCAAAGUCUUUUUGGCGAGUCGACAAUAUGUCGAACAAUUGUCGCAUAUUGUGCUCACCAUGUUGGACUCGGGUCUGCCGUGUUUCAAACCGCAGACGCUGCAGCACUUUCAGGAGAGAUUUGUCAUGGAGAAGAGUGAGAGCGAGGCUGCUGGGUUUGUGCGGAAAUUGGUGCAUUGGAGUGAGAGGAGUCAUUCGACUGCCGUCUACGAUUAUUUCCAGCUGUUGACGAAUGGAAUCCCGUACUAGGUACUUCGUCUUCUCGCGGGCCUUGCGAUUGACGUGGUCCGUGAAGAUCGAGGUGGAAGCAAUGGAGAGAGAGUGUGGGGUUUAUACACAGCUACUACC